AUGCCUCGUCGAAUCCGUUUAGUUGACUGGGUUCUUCUAGUAGUAAUUAUAAUCGCGGUCUACACGAUUUUGAAGUAUGACAGUGAUUUCGAUAGUGAGAAAACAGAACUACAAUCAGAGAAACCGACAUGGAAUAAAGAAGAUAUAAGAGAAAUGUGUCAAUUCUUAGAACAUGAAGUUACUGGAGAAGAAGGAGAUCAAUGGGUAAAGGGAAACGAAUACGAAAAAAGUCUUCGUCUUCGAGGAAUUACAAUAGUCUUCAGGCAUGGAGAAAGAUCUCCAGUUUCAAAAGUGGAUGAUGAUAUUGGAUGUCUUCCAUAUAGAGAUUUUGACCGAAAAGCAUUUGCAGCAUACAAAGAAUUGGCUGAAAGUGAUGAACUUCAAGCAUUUUUAAAGUUGGAUCCGCAAUUGAAACAGUUCCCAAGAGUUCCACUGGAUGCCAAAUGUGUCAGUGGAAUGUUGACGGCUGAAGGAUCUCUUCAGCAUUUGAAACUGGGAAAGUACUUAAGACAUCGAUACGAAAAAACGAAACUUUUCGCAGAAGAAAAUCAAAGAAUUGUAACCGACGUCGUGAGUAGUAAAUAUAAUCGAACAGUUCAAUCUGCUCUUGCAUUCUGCACUGAAUUCCUCUACAGACAACGUGGAUUCGUGGCUCCAACCCAGAUAAAAGCGUCAAAUUUCUCAUAUCAUUGCGUAGAUUCAUUUUGUGCUUGUCCAAUUCACAAGUCAAUUCGGAAAAUUUAUGAAGAAGAACACUUGAAUCAAUUCAACGAAAUGAAAUCAGAUGACGUUGCAGAAGAAGAAAAGAAACUUCAUUCAUUUAACCAAUUCUCUCUUUCUUUUGAUCCAUUUCAAAUGAUUGACGUCGGUCUUGGAAGAUACAUUUGUCGUCGAAAAGCACUACCAUGUCAUUCUGAAGAAUGCAUUACUCUCGACUCAUUCAACAAAAUGAUUAAUUUAACAACAAUACGUGGCAGUCGAAUGUUUGAUGAUAAAAUUGGAGUUUCCAGAAGACUACAAUCAAUGGAAGCUUAUCCAAUUAUCACUUAUUUGAAAGAUUCAGUUUCGAAAAUUCGCAAGUUUCCUCAUUCUAACUAUAUCCAGAUUUUCUCCGGUCACGACGUCACAGUUGGCCCGAUCCUACGUGUUCUUGGAAUUCCAUUUGUGGAUCCACCUCAUUAUACAUCUAGAAUAGUUUUUGAAAUCUAUGAACACAUUCACGAGGGAUUGUAUAUUCGAGUACUUUAUAACGGAAGAAAUCGUACUUUUGAUGUCAGAUUUUGCCAAGGUGAUGACUUGAAAUAUGGAAUGUGUCGAGCAUCUGCAUUCGAGAAGUUUGCAAAAGAAGGACUAUUCGAAUUGGCUGGAGUUUCAGAAUUCAAAGAAAUGUGUUAUAUUUAA